AUGGCACCGCAGCAGCAAGCCAAAAAGAGGAAAAACAAGGACGUGAUGCUGGUGUUCUACUUGGAAAAGGACAGGAGGUUGGGGAAGCAGCUGCUUUCUCUGCCCUCUGCCGUAUCUUCGUGCUCUUCUGAGGCCGACACUCCCUGCACAUCGUCCGCACCAAACCAGCCUACAAUCCUGAGCAGACCAAAGAGAAGAAAAUGCCUUAUCUGCAGGAAGUCAAAAACCAAGAGGAAGCUCCUGAGGAUGGCGAGGGGCAUGUGCUUACGGAGGAGGAAAAGGAGGAAAAAGCAAGCUGCGGAAUGUCCACUCAACACAGAAGAACUGGGGCAAAAAACGUGGGCCUUCCUGCACACCAUGGCAGCCUAUUACCCAGAGCAGCCCAGCUUCACCCAGCAGCAGGAGAUGGCUCAGUUCUUCAACCUACUUAGCAAGUUCUACCCUUGCACGACAUGUGCAACCAACCUCAGGAACAGCUUAAACACGAAAAAGCCAGACACGAGCAGCCGGCAGAACCUGUGCCAGUGGCUCUGCGAGCUCCAUAACCACGUGAACAAGAUGCUGGGCAAACACCCCUUCAACUGCUCCCAGGUGGACGAGCGCUGGCGAGACGGCUGCAAGGGCCGGUCAUGA